AUUACCCUCGUUAACAUUUCUAUUCGAUCACACUCUCUUUUUAAGCUCCUUCUUCUUCCACUUCGCUCUCUCCCUCAUCUAAAAAUAGCAAAAAAAAAAUGAGUGAUUGUAAACGUUCUUCUCCAACAAUUAUAGCUAACGGAACUUCCAUUUCCAAGAAAAGAAAAAUCACUGCUUCGCAGUUUCAGUCUUCUGAAAUGAAGCAUCAACUACCAAACUCGCUAGCUGAAGCUGCAGAAAAUAUUCUUUCGUCGGCUUCCGACGAGUUUCGCUCGGAUCACACUCCGCUGUUGACUUGCUGCAGCUCCGGCAAGGUUACUGAAACCAACGACGUUAAGGAGCUCGACACUACACCGUUAGAUCCAGAGCUGAAAACUAAGUGUUUUGAAACGGUAGACAAAACGAACCACAAUUUAAAAUCGUUCAGGGAGGCGGAGAUUGAUGAAUUCUUUGCAAAUUUUGAGAGGGAAGAGCGGAAGAGAUUUGCUGAGAAGUACAACUUUGAUAUUGUUAGAGACAUGCCGUUGGAGGGUCGUUAUGAGUGGGUUCGUUUGCAUUGAAUGUCUUGAAUGAGAGAUAGAGAGAGUAGUGGAAAAAAAUUAGAGUGCGUGCAUUUUUAGUUUUAGUGUCAGAGAGAGAGAGAGUUAUGGAGUGUGCUCAAGGGGAGAGUUAGUACUUACUUAGCAGAGAUUAUAGGUUUUCACGCAUUCAAGACAUCGAUAAUCGUUUUAAAUUCAAACUCAGCAUUUUGAAUGUGUGUUAUCGAUGUUUCAAAUGCGUGAAAGCGGUAAUUUAUUGCUCAAGGGUUGUAGAGAGUAGUGAGCAGUAGUGGUGCCCACUAGACAAGGUGACCGCAUAAGUAAACUAACCUGACACAAGGUUAAAAGAAAUUGACCGUGCAACAUGGAGAGAUGGUGAUGCUGUUGACGGUUAAAAUUUUUGUACAGAUAUAAUUAUAUAGUAUAACUGCUUAAUUUCUCUUUAUGUUGGAUACAACAAAGCUAGUUUUUCUGCAACAAAUCUCAGCUGAGCUUUCUCAUAGAUACAAUUGUACAAGUUUAGAAUCUUGUUAUUUUCUUCAGGUUAAUCAAUUAUUACAGUGGCAUUGUGUCUAUUUCA